AGAAGCCAUCUUCACUGCUUUCUGUCAUGCGCAGUGCGAGGUCAGAUGCAAACAUGGCGGCGUCAGAGAAGUCCACAAAGGAGCGUCUUUUAUCCACUUUAGAUGAUCUAGAGGUGUUAUCCAGAGAGCUGAUCGAGAUGUUGGCCCUGUCGCGCAGCCAGAAACCACCGCAGUCUGGCGAAGAUAAUCAGGUCCUGGAGCUCCUGGUGCAGAGGGACGGGGAGUUCCAGCAGCUGAUGCUGCAGGCGGUGGAGCAGGGUCGGCUGCAGCAGGAGAUGCUCGGCCUGGACAAGGAGCUGGAGAAGAGAGACAGCGACAUCCAGCAGCUCCAGAAGCAACUCAAGGAGGCCGAACACAUCCUAGCCACUGCAGUGUACCAGGCCAAGGAGAAGCUGAAGUCCAUAGAGAAGGCCCGUAAAGGUAGUAUCUCCUCUGAGGAGAUCAUCAAGUACGCCCACAGGAUCAGUGCCAGCAACGCCGUCUGUGCCCCCCUCAACUGGGUACCAGGUGACCCCAGGAGACCCUACCCCACAGAUCUGGAGAUGCGUAGUGGAAUGUUGGGUCAGAUGAACAAUCCGUCCAACAAUGGCAACGUCAACGGACACCUGCCUGGCGACGCACUGGCAGCCGGGAGACUUCCAGACAUUCUCACCUCUCAGUACCUCUGGCAGUCCACUGAUGUUUCCAUGGGAAUGCUUCCUCCUCACCAUGGCAACGAGUUUGGGCCCGGACACAACAAGGAGAAUGAAGACGACGUGGAGGCCAUGAGCACAGACACCUCCAGCAGCAGCAGCGACUCAGACUAGGAGUGUGUGUGUGUGUGUGUG